CUCGUGGCCAGCAUGGCAGCUGUAGGGCUGGCCGCGUUGGCCAACGCAACUCAGCAGCCUGAGCUGGCUAAGCAUGCACGUGCGAAGUACUGGGAAGCAAUCCAGAAUGUGAAUGCUGCAUUAGCGUCACCUGCUGAGUCUGUCAAGGAUAGCACCUUGAUGUCGGUCAUUUCCCUGACCUUAUUCGAGCACGUGUCCCACUUUGAGACGUGGUUUCGACAUAUUCAAGGAGCUGUGGCACUGGUGGUUUCGCGUGGCAAGAGCCAGUUCUCGAGCCCAGCUGCAGUUCUCAUGUUCAAUCAAGUACGGGCAGACAUGUCAGCUGCGUGUAUCCAUAGUCUCCGACCAUUUCCAAGUGAGAUGCUUGAGUUGCAGGACGAAGCAACCAAGCACGCUGACACCUCCAGUGGGUUUUGGCUUCUGGGGGUUCUGGCGACCCGGUGUUCGAAUCUUCUGUCAAAUGUUACACAUAAAAAGAGCGCACCUUUGGCAGGCUACAUCGAAGAAGCAACUGUUCUUCAGUCGGACUUUCAGCAUGUUCUUCAGAUCCUCACCAAACAAGAACCAUAUACCACUACCCGAACAUCCAGUGGAGAUCCAGAGAUCUUCUACAAUGGUCGAUCCGAUCUCUACCAGACUUCCUGGGCGAUAAGAGUCUGGAACAACGCACGGAUGUUACAAAUAGUCGUCUGCGAGGUUAAAUUCCACCUCUUGAACAGGAUGCUUGCCACAGCUAUGACACCACCCUGUCGCACACAAAUAGAGACAAAACUGAAAGAGACGUUACAGAUUCUCUUAACCCUAGGAGAUGAUCUAUUAGCUUCUGUCCCACAGGCUCUAGGGCAUGUAUCAUCGGUAUCUGAACCUAUUACCUCUAUUAAUUCAUCUACCCACGCUAGUGUGUCAGGCAGGUAUCUGCUAAUGUGGUGUCUCUACACUGUGGGGAAAUCUCCGGUCACCGGAAGCAGUACCCGGAAAUGGGUUAUGAGGCGGCUCCGGGAUAUUGGUGAAAAUGCAGGCAUCGCAAUGGCGCUGCAGUUUGUUGAUGAUGUAGACGAGAUAGACAAGUUAGCUGGCCAACUAUAAUUUCUCAAUUUUUCAUGAUGAC